CGGCAGGCAGCUUGCUCCGAAAGGGCUCGGGCUGGUUGGUCGGAACUCCUAACAAGUCCCGCAGAAAACUUCAGAGGGGCAAAGUCCACGCUGGGUGUGAGGGAGACAGAGUCGAAGUUAAUGUGUGAGAGCGUGCUUGGGACCAAAUCACAUGUCAUUUUAAAGAAAUGCUCCAAAGAUGGCGGUGGUAAUAGCGACGGGAGUUUCAGGUGCCUCCGGAGUGCAAAAAAGUGGAUUUGUUGAGGUUUUGGUACGGGAGCAGUGGCACAAAGUUUUGGUCAAUUUGAACGAGGAAGCGCUUACGUUAAGCUGCGAGGAGGGCUGCGUUAACGACAACGGGGACGACAAUGUUAAUUCCAACGGUGUUACCAACGGAUCAUACCUGGACAACAAUAACACCAACUCCAACAACGGCCCCCAAACUGUGCGCACUGCAUUCACGGACCUCCCGGAGCGGGUGCCCGAGGCGAUCGCUAACAGAAAGCGGUGCGUCAAGCUGACAAAGCAGGAGAUAGGGGGACUUGGGAUCAGCAUCAAGGGCGGGAAGGAAAAUAAAAUGCCCAUUCUCAUCAGUAAGAUAUUCAAGGGGCUUGCAGCGGAUCAGACCCAGGCUCUGUACGUGGGGGACGCCAUCCUGUCCGUGAACGGCAUGAAUCUGCGGGACUCGACCCACGACGAGGCUGUGCAGGCGCUGAAACGGGCCGGGAAAGAGGUGACACUGGAAGUGAAGUACAUGCGCGAGGCCACACCGUAUGUCAAAAAGGGCUCCCCUGUGUCAGAGAUUGGCUGGGAAACCCCCCCUCCUGAGUCUCCUCGUCCGGGCAGCCAUCCCCUCACUUCCUGCUCCCCCUUUGACCCCUCGAGCUCUCCUACCCAGCCCUCGCUGUCCCCGCUGGGCGACAGGAGGUGCAUACCACUCAGGAUGUGUUGUGUAACCCGAGCCAUGACCACGCCAGACCCAGAGAACAGACAACUGGAGCUGCAUUCCCCUGAUGCCAGGCACACUGUGGUGCUGCGCUGCCCGGACCAACCAUCGGCCCUGUCCUGGUUCUCUGCUAUGCACUCCGUCACCUCCACUCUGUCACAGCGAGUGCUGGCAGAGGUCAUCCAGAACACAGCCAGGACCGGGGUGGCUGGCAGCAAAGAGAUACGACACCUGGGAUGGCUGGCAGGGAAGACGGAGAGCGAGAAGCAGUGCUGGAAGCCGGUGCUGGUGGUGGUGACAGAGAAAGACCUGCUGCUGUAUGAGAGUUUACCGCGAGGCAAGGAGGCCUGGCAGAGCCCUGCACACACGUAUCCACUGUUAGCAACACGUUUGGUCCACUCUGGCCCUGACCGGGGGUCGCCGCACUCUGGCACAGAGUUGUUCUUUGCCACUCGGACUGGCACUCGACUUGGUAUCGAGACUCACUUGUUCCGGGCCGAGACCACCAAGGAUCUGUCCCUGUGGACCAGACAAAUAGUCAACGGAUGUCACGCCUCAGCUGAGAUGAUCAGAGAAGUCACGACAAGUUGUCUAUACCAGAGUCAGGAGUGCCGGCUGGUGAUUCACUACGAGCAGGGUUUCUCUGUGCUGGCUGACCCAACACUGGGGGAGGGGGACAACGGAGAGGAGAGAGCAGCUCACACAUCCACCAGGCCCCGGGUGCUCCUCUCCUACCCCUACGAAAAACUAAAAAUGUCCUCAGAUGAUGGAGUGCGCUUGCUCUUUCUUGACUUUGGAGGGAAGGAGGGAGAGAUACAACUGGAUCUCCACUCAUGUCCGAAGCCGAUCGUCUUUAUCCUCCACUCCUUCCUCUCUGCUAAGAUCUCCCGCCUGGGUCUGGUGGCCUGACUCCUCUAAACGGACAUCUCCUUUGAAAAACAGAAAUCUACCUUGUUUCUCCACCUCUCUGCAGCCUGCAUGCAGUUGUGCACCCCAUCAAACUCCUUCAGUCGGGGACCCAAGCUGAAUGAAUGUAACUUCUAUCUGGAAAUUGAACUGUAUUGAAUUGAAUUGAACUUUAUUUUUGAGUCCAUGUCAAUGAAACACUGGAGAAACCAAUCAAGGUUUUUGGAGGGAAAUGGUCAGAUGUUUUUUGGGGUAAAAAACCUUCCUUUUAAGGGCUGCAUGGACUGGAUUGAUGACUGAAGAACCACAGAAGAAGACAUGGACUGAACUAGAAUCAGGGGGAUGAUAUAUACAGAGAUUGGGCAUUACUGUCACGUCCAUUAUUGGAAGGACUGGACAUGUGCAACAUGGUUGAGAUUAAUUCACUUUUAAUUCAAUCAAAAUGUAAUAUCAAACUGCCUUCUGUUUACCAAUUAUAUAAUCUAUUCACCAUUAGCUCUGAAAGCACAUUCUGAAUUUCAAUCGGUCAUUUUUCUUCACCAAACAUUUGACACACUGGAGAAACUUUAUGCAUUUGUCUUUGUUAGUGUCCAUUGAAAUGUCUUGUUAGCAGUGUCAGCAUUCAUCAUUGGAACUGGCGGGCACAGUCUCCCACAGAGUUUCCCACAAUGUGACAGCUGACUCAAAUUCAAAAUGUCACAUUAUUCUGAUAACAGGUUGCAGGUGGUCGUAUAAUUUGAUCUGACAGUGGUCUGAAGUCAGUUCUAAUGUAUUCACUUAAUGCAAAAGAUGAGAAUUGGCUUUAGAUUAGAUAUAAUAUGCAAGCAUUUAGAUCUUGGACAAACCCAACAAUUUAAAGCAAAAAAUUUGAUCUUUUAGGGAAAUAUACUUUCUCGCAGAGAGUCAGAUGAGCUACAGCCAAUAGCCGAUUAGCUUUGUCUAAGGGCACAGGGUUGAGCAGAUUGAGAGGAUAAGUGGGAUUUGCCGUUUUCGGUUUUGUAAACAUUUAAAGUUUGCCCCUCCUGCCUGGCUCAGAGAGGGGUUUUCGCUGCAUACCAGAGGCUGAAAAACGAACCCCCGGAUUCUCUCUUGUUUUGGCAUUUGACCAACACAACCAAAUAAGAAAUAGCAGAGGGCAAAGUCAUGGCAGACACAGACACCACCAAACAUUUAGUGGGUCAAAACCGAUGAUUGAGAGGGAUUAUUUGUGUAUUAGUCUAUAUAUUGUUUUUAGGUAAAUUAUUUUCCAUACGUUUGACUGGUAAAAGAAGAAAACCGGUAAUUAGUGAGCUUUAAAAGGGGCUGGUGGGUGGUUCUUGUUACCUCUGGAUACUAGGUUACCUUAUAGCCUUAUAUCUAACAGACAAAUAUGAAGGUAGUUUCAUCUCAUCUAACUCUGCAAAGAAAUAUUAUAAUAAUUUCCCAAAAUGCUGAACUGUUCCUCAAAGCGUCUGCCAUGAUCAUGCUGUUCACUCCUUCCUCCCUAAUUUUAGAGUCGAUAGUGAUAUAUUUAUGAUUAACUUGAGUUACCAACUGAUAUCCUCUAAUACUCUAUGCAGAACUGAUCUUGCUUGCCUGUUAACUGAGAAACUGCUGUCAUGUGCUUUCCCAUCAAGCAAACAUCUGCCAUCAUACUUCUAAUAUUACUAUUUUAAAAAUUGAUACUCAAACUGUGCCCCUAAUCAGCCCAUCAGAUUUUAUUUGUCUUUUUUAUGGCAAGGUGGUCCUGAUAGGAAUCUCCAGUACUGAAUUAGUCCUGUAUUAGCCAGUGCAGGCUUUUAUUUUAGUUUUCUUGUUUUGGGAUGUUAUUCAAUGUGUACACUGCACUGUCUGUGACAUGGCUGAAUGCCGCGACAUUCCUCGUGCCUUCAGAUGACUGAAAAUGAAAAAAAAAUAUUUUUGAAAAAAAUUAAUUAUAGAGAUCACACAAUUGAGCAACAAUGUGACUUCUAUUAUGGCUCAUUUUAUGUUAUUCUGUACUUUUCUGUUUCUCUACUUUAUAUCAGCAUAUUUUCAAUAAUCAUUUACCCAUACACACACACACUGUGACCAAUGAUUUACAUAUUGUAAUCCCACCAGUCUGUAGAAGAAUUAUCAUGGAAAGGCAUUGUAAGACUUUAGUUCAGCCACUAAGCCAGCACUUACUAAUAACCUCAAGUGGAGAGUAGCUCUUUCAGUAAAGGCUGCUUUGAUAUGUAGACUACUCUGAUGCCUUCGGCAGCUACUGUACUGUCACUCAGAAUGAUAAAGCCUAGUUUUGAAUUCAAAAUGGUGCACAUAAAUCAUGUAUUUAACAAAAGUUA